AUGCUACUCGCUUGCAUAACCAUCAUACUCCUUAUAACCGAUGCUCAGGGAAGAAGGGUGUUACAGUCAUUUGACACAUUCGAGUACACGGCCAUUACUUGCAGGUCCCAUAGUGCCUCCAUAACAGAGUUUGGUGGCGUCGGAGACGGCAAAACAUUGAACACAAAGGCAUUCCAGAGCGCCGUCGAUCAUCUCAGCCAAUACUCAUCCGACGGCGGAUCCCAACUUUUUGUCCCCGCCGGAAAAUGGCUCACCGGUAGCUUUAACCUCACAAGCCAUUUCACUCUGUUUCUUCACAAAGACGCAACUCUCCUCGCCGCUCAAGACUUAAACGAAUACCCAAUUCUUAAGGCUUUGCCUUCGUACGGGCGAGGACGUGAUGCCGCCGGCGGAAGAUUCGCUAGCCUCAUCUUCGGAACUAAUCUCUCCGACGUAGUUAUCACCGGGAACAAUGGUACGAUCGACGGUCAAGGAUCGUUUUGGUGGCAGAAAUUUCACGGUGGCAAGCUUAAAUACACUCGCCCGUAUCUGAUUGAGUUAAUGUUCUCUGAUACAAUUCAGAUAUCUAAUCUAACGCUCCUUGAUUCUCCAUCUUGGAAUAUUCACCCGGUGUACAGUAGCAAUAUUAUCGUGAAAGGCGUUACGAUCAUCGCUCCGGUGAAAUCCCCGAAUACCGACGGGAUCAAUCCAGAUUCGUGCACGAACACGAGGAUCGAAGACUGUUACAUAAUCUCCGGCGACGAUUGCAUCGCCGUGAAAAGCGGAUGGGACGAGUACGGAAUCUCGUUCGGGAUGCCGACGAAGCAUCUCGUGAUCCGUCGAUUGACUUGUAUCUCACCCUACAGCGCCGCGAUCGCACUCGGGAGCGAGAUGUCCGGCGGAAUCGAAGACGUCAGGGCGGAGGAAAUCACCGCGUACCAAACGGAAUCCGGCGUACGGAUAAAAACCGCGGUGGGGAGAGGAGCUUUCGUGAAGGACAUAUACGUGAAAGGGAUGAAUCUCCACACGAUGAAAUGGGUUUUCUGGAUGACCGGGAAUUACAAAGCUCACGCCGAUAGUCACUACGAUCCUCACGCUUUACCGGAGAUAACCGGAAUCAAUUACAGAGACAUCGUCGCUGAGAAUGUUUCGAUGGCUGGGAGGUUAGAAGGAAUCUCCGGAGAUCCGUUCACUGGGAUUUGUAUCUCGAACGCUACCAUUUCUAUGGCGGCUAAGCAUAAGAAGGAGAUUUGGAUGUGUAGCGACGUGGAAGGAGUUACGAGUGGUGUUGAUCCUAAGCCGUGCGAUUUGCUUGACGGGAAACAGUCGGAGAAGAAGAAGAUCGACGGUGGAUGUGAUUUUCCGACUGAUGUUUUGGAAAUUGAUCAAGUCGAGCUCAAGAGCUGUAGUUAUCAAAUGAAUUAG